UUAUUGGAUUUUGAUAUGGGGAGGAAGGGGGUGAAUUUGGGUGGUAGCAAAUUUGCUUUCACUGUGGAGAAUUUCCGUUCCCUUUGCACAGGUGAGAAAGGCUUUGGGUACAAGGGUUCUGCCUUCCAUCGUGUGAUCAAGGAUUUCAUGAUUCAAGGAGGGGACUUCGAUAAGGGCAAUGGUACUGGAGGCAAAAGCAUUUAUGGGCGUACAUUUAAAGAUGAGAACUUUAAGUUGCUUCAUACUGGACCAGGAGUUCUUAGCAUGGCAAAUGCAGGCCCCAAUACCAAUGGAAGUCAAUUCUUCAUAUGCACAGUACAGACGCCAUGGCUAAAUGGGAGGCACGUUGUGUUUGGGCAAGUUUUGGAAGGCAUGGAAAUUGUUAGGCUGAUCGAGUCGCAGGAGACAGAUAGAGGUGACCGUCCUACAAAGAAGGUAGUCAUUGCUGACUGCGGAGAGCUUCCAGUAGCCUGAUGAAGAUCACUUUUAGAUUGCUUUUCCCUUCUGCAUCUUUUUGGGCUUAUGUACUAUCUUGUAUCUACCCAGUCAGAGGCCUUUGUUUCAGAUUUCGUCCUGCGUGGAACGUCAACUUUUUCUUUGUGUCUGUAUUCCUGAUGGUAGAGUUUUGAGAACUGGGAGUUGUAGCCGAUUAGGAAAACUUGUUUACCAAAUGAAUGUUGAAGGAUGUUUUAGAACCGCGGAUGUGAGAGUUAAA